CCGACCUACGGGCUUCGGCCGAGGUUAGUUUAAAAGAGCACUCGUCAUCGUGUGCGCAGUCCAAUACGCGUCCGCAGUUCGAGAGAAAAAAUUAAUCACUCGUGUAUUUCGUUUUCGUUUUCGUUUUUUUUUCUCGUUUCUUAUGAAAAAUAAUACCUAAUAAUAUAUAAACAAAACAACCGGACCGCACGCGCACAAUCGAUCGACGUCAUAAUAAUAAUUCACAACAACUCGAGGAUCGCUCCGACCUCUCCGCAAAUGAAUUAUUUUAUUAAUUAUUUUAAUACACGCGCUUAAUCAUUUUGUUAAAUACCUACACCUAUUAAUAAUCGAAAUCACAAUAUUAUAUAAGCUGACUAGUGCGACGCGUGUUAUCUCUAUCAAAAAUAAAAAAAUCGUACAACUCUACACGGCGACGCAACACUGCCAGCUACUAUAUUAUCAUCGUGUUAACAACUCAUUAUUAUAUUAAUAGUUGUGUAGCAUCAUUGUGUUCAUUUUGCCGUUCAAAUAACACGCGAAAAAUGUUAUCAAACCUCGUUUGAUAAUAUUCUAUUAUAUACAACACGACCGACCGAGGAAUACACGCCGCCGCCGUCGAUCAAUCGCUAACGUCGCCGUCGUCUCCUGAGGAGGAUCCGAAGAACUUUCUGACCACCGCCACAGCGCCGGUGUUCACUGCACUUCGUUGUCGUCCGACAGACUUCCCAUGAAAAUGACGGAAAUGAACGCGGUCAACACGCAGAGCAUCGCCGACUAUUUGGCGCAACUGCUCAAAGACCGCAAGCAGAUCACCGCGUUUCCGAACAUGUUCAUGCAUGUCGAACGGCUCAUCGACGAAGGUAAUAAUAUUGCACAAUGACACGUUCGUUUAAAUGACACCUAGUAAUUUUUUUCGCAUCGUAAAACGGUAAUUGGCGUAGGUUCUGCCCUCGAAUUGGCGGCAGCACCUGUCGUAACAUUGUUUUUAAUCUUUGAAUAUUAUUAUUAUAUUCUUCACCUAUGUUGACUGACCGUACCCGUCUGUAUAUUGUAUUUUGUGUGUGUGUGUGUGUGUGUGCGUGCAUGUGUGAGUGGCUAAUAAUAAUAAAUAUUUUAUGUAGUAGGCACUUAUCUGUUUUAGUAUUAUCAUUUAUCAGUGCAUUGUAGUUUCCGACGCCACCGCGACGCCUGAUAAGACGGUUUCAGCUGAUUUUAAUGACCAUCCGCUUUUUAAUAAUAAAUAGGUAUCUUUUCGAUAGGCAGGUAGGUUGUGUUUUUCACACCCGCAUCGUUUUUAGUUUUUCAUGGGACGUCGAUGGCCCAAUAAAAACAAUUAUCGGUCGUCGGCGGGCGGGACGCGCGCAUCUCGUUUUUCCCGUUUUGCCCUUCGUUUCCCCCCUACGCACCCGCUCCUUUCACAUACACUCACAUACACUCCCGUCUAUUCUCGUCGUCUACCACGAUUCCAAUCAAUUUUCAGCCCAAAGCUGCUCUCCUCUGUUUCAUCGCCGUCGACGAUUCCCCACAAGAAAAACACCUUCGGAACAGCACCGUGUAGAGUCGGCAGCGUUUUUACUCGAUGACGACGUAAACAGGUUGGCCGUAUAAACACAACGUAAAAAAAAAGGGUUUGGUCUCGUGUGUGUGUGUAAUAAUCGUAUGUAUAGGUACGUGUAUAUACAAUACGCGGGCGUGCGCGUGUGUGUGUGUUUAUGAGCGCGCGGCAAGUGAAGGCCACGCGCGCGCUCGCGUUCAAGACGUUGCCAUUUACAAGCCGCCGCCGCCGGUCGUAUACGUGUAUACGUUUUAUGUGCGCGCACAGAUUCGGUUUCACGACCGGAAUGUGGCGGCGGCGCGGCGGUUGCAGCGGAGGUACUACACCGCCGGCCCACGUGUUCUACAGGUGCCGCCGCUGCGUUUCGCCUCCGUACACCUGUGCGCAGGGAUCGUGACGGUGGGCCAGACGAUGACGAGGCCUAGGCCGGAAUCGGGUGACUGUACAGUCAACGGAACCCGGCCCUCGGACGGUAAUCCGUCAACCGUUGCCAUCGGUCCCUGACCGUCCCCGGAUAGGUUUUCUACACACAUGGAAUAUAAUAGUUUCGCAAGGCCCGCAACAAGUGUGUGUUUAUGUGUGUGUGUACUAAGCUGCCGCACCUCGCACGACCACCACCGCGUACGUUCGAAUCUCGUCUUAAAAUGGGAACGCAUAUUACCAAUAAUAUAUUGUUUUAUAUAUUAUUAUUAUUAUUUUUCAUCGCCCAAUGUGUGUGCGUGCAUAAAUCGAGGUGGUAGCAUGUAUUAUUAUAUUAUCUGUACACAUCAUAAUUUUUAAUAACAGCUACGUUAGUACGACGUUGAAUACAAUAUUAUGGUUAAUUAUUACUAUUUUUCUCCUCCAUAAUAUUAUAAUAUUUUUCGUCGAUACGAACUUCACGUGUUUUGUAUAUAGGGGGUUCCUUGCAGUUGGUGACUAUUCCAAAUUAACUGUAAUAUUAAUAUCAUAAAUAUUAUUGUACAAGCCAUGCGUGUGUGUGAUAACUUGUUACCCCCUCUACUAGACGUUAUCGUAUUGUUACUUGCUUUAGCUAAAAAUUAUUAUUAGAUACUUUAUUAUUAUUAUUGGAUCGUGAGAAAAUAACUUUGCGAUAAAAUGUCGCUGUAAAAAUGCAGCCGUCGAGCUACGAUGACUAUAAAAAUAAUAAUAAUAGAAGUCACGUUACCACAUUGCAUUCAAAUAAGCGAUAUUUAGUUUUGAAAACUUAAACGUAAUAACAAUGACCUCUCCUCGACUUUUAAUCUAAAAGAGAUUUAAAAAUAAUGAAAACUAAUUCUCUAAAUACCACGUUUGACCCCACGUAUACCAUAUUUUUUUUCGUCCCACGCAAGUUUUUUUACUUUCGACUACCUCUAUACCAGCACGGCAUUUAAAAGUAUGUAGCAAAAUUAUACAGCACAUAAGUAAGACUUAGAAAAUAAGAAAUAUAAACCUUCUACGCCGUACAAAUAAUUAACAUUUUAGAUUCUGAGUGAAGCAAGAAACGUAUUGGUUUUAUCUGGAGUUUACUACACGUUUUAUUUAUCUAUUUAUUUAUUAUUAUUUAUAUAUUCUUCAAAAAAAGAAUACUGGGCUUCACUGAGUAUUCUUGUGAGGAGGCCCAGGGGUUAUUAUAUAAAUAUAAGUAUAAUUAUUAAUGAAAUAUAUGUAUAGAGCUUAAAAAUGAUUAAUUAUAUAGUAUAAAGAGAAAAAAAAAUGUAUACCUAAUGUUUAAUAAAAUUAAAUGUAAAAAAAAAUGAUGGACAUAUUUCGCACGUGGGUGAAGCCAUUAUUAUAAGUGGGAAGUUAGGAAGGUAAAAUACGAUAAACCAUUGCUAACGAAAAAACGAUUCUGAGCCGAGUUCAGUUUAUAAUAUUGCUUUGUCAACAAUACAAUAUAUGGUACUAUGUCAUAUUAUGGUAAAAUGAUUAAAACAGUGUGCGUUUUCAUGACAAUAAUAAUCGUAUAAAAAAGAUUAAAAUAAUAACAAAAAAAAUAAAUAAAAACGCUUGUCAAUGACAACUUUAUUUUUAAUCUUCCAAUUUUUUUUAACCUUAAGACUGAAGUUUUCCUCAUUAUCUCGAAUAUUAAUGAGAAUUUCAAAAAAUGACCUUUCUAUAGUACCACCCAAAGAAAAUUUCCUUUCAGAAAAGGUGCUAUACUUGAAAAUCGGAAUAUGCUUUCUGGUAAAAAAAGUGUUCACAUAAAAAAAAAUAAACACUAUUAUAGAACCAAUACAUUCCUUGUUCCACUAAGAAUCUAAAAAAAAUUAUUUUUUUUCAAGUUUAUAAAUAAAUUUGAAACGGUAAAAAUUAAACAUAAAUCAUGACGCACAUAUAUAAUUAUAAUCAUAAAUCACUGUUAAAUUAAAAAAAAAAGAAGCCAUUUUGUAAAGUCUUUUUUAAACUUUUUUAGUGUUAAUGUGUGUAGGUGUUUUGGUAUUAGAUUUAGAAUCUUAGUAUCGAUAAAAUUAUUUAUUUUUCGGGAGCUUGUUUUAUGAAGCUAUUGUAUUGUAUAAUUAAUAUUAAUAAACUUAGUACCAAUACCAUGACACCAGGGGUGAUGGGACAUUAUGAUUUUUUAAAAAUAGGACUGCUGAUUCCAAAUAUAAGUUUUUAAUAUUUAGGCUAUUUAAAUUUUCAUAAAAUUUUAUCGUAUGAUAUUUUUGUCUUUUUUAAGACGUUUCCUAAUUAAUGUAUUUUUACUAGUUUGCAAUUGAGAGAGAACGUUAUCAUAAAAACCUCCCCUGCCUAUUAUUCCUAAUGAAAUAAUUGGUUACAGUGCCAAGUAAAUAAACCUUAAAUAGUUUUAACUUGAGAUAUCUUUAAGUUCUCUCAUUAUAUAAAUCAUUUUUCUAGAUUUUUGUGUUAUUGAAUUUAUUUCAUUCAAUUUCAUAUUUUAGCAUAUUUCUACAUCCAAAUAUUUAACGUUAUUCACAACGUUUAUUUUCUUAAAUUGGCAAUUUAUAUCAUAAAUAUUAUACGUAUCAUUAUGUAGUAUAAUAUAUUAUAUUUUUUUGUUUGGUAACAUAUUUAUUUUCCAUGAAUGUAAUAGAAUAACGGUUUUUUCCUAAAAAUAUAUUAUUUAUAUUAAGCUAUUGCCCUAUAAUUUUUAGAUUUACUGUUAUAGUUUUAAACACCUCUUCCCAUGUAUUUUUAGAGCAAAUUAAAACGUUGUCAUCAGCAUAACAAACUAAAGUACUUUUUAAGGAUAAGUUUUUAAUGUUAUUUAGCUGUAUAUUGAACAAAAUAGGUGAAAUUAUCGUUCCUUGCGAUACCCCAUUCCUUUCAUUUACAAUGUACAGUAAAUAAUAUUUGUUGUUUUUGAUAUUUCUUGAUCUGUACCUUUUAUUAGUCUAAAACCAAACUGGUUUUCAAAUAAUACAUUUUUUUUUAUUUCUGAAAAUUUAAUCAGUUUAUUUUUAAUUAUUUUUUCAAACACUUUUGCCACAUUUGAUAUUAAAGAAAUCGUUCAUUAAUUACUUAUUGAAAUAUAUGUUCCUUUUUUAUGAAUAGGGGUGACUAUCGAAAUUUUAAAAGCGUUGAGUAUACUAUUAUGGUUAAGAUAUAAGUUAAUAUAUUUUAGAGGAAGACAAAGAAUUAGUUCAUGGUUUUUUAAUAAUUCUGAUGUUUAUUUUAUCAGCUCCGGGAGCAGAUCUAUUUUUGAAUUAAAGAUAGCUCUUAAUAUUUUAUUUUCAAUUAUACCUAUCGUAAAAUGUAUUAAGAUUAAGUUUUUUAGGCAUUAUUUUGCUAUCAGUUGUAUUUAGAUUUAAAAUAUAUCUAUUGAAUUUUGUCUUAUGAUUAUUCAAUUUGGUGAUUAAUUCAGUAUUUGUUUCUAUAAACAACUUUUCAACCUAAAAUCUUACUUCAAUCAAAAAUUGUAUAAGAACAUUCUUGUAAAAUUUUGCAUUAAGUUAGUGGACUGAGAAGUAAUUUUUAACUUUCCUUAAAGAUUUCUUAAUAAACAACAAAAACUGGGAAAUUGUUGUAUAAUUUUGAUUUUAAUUUUGGGUUAUCUUGUCAAAAAGGGAAACCAUAAGACGAAUAGUACUCAGUCCAGAAUCGGUUUUCGUUUUAUACAGAUAGAAAUUAAAUUACUCUGUAUAAUAUCUCCUCUUCCAAUUUCCCUGUGACUGGGCGUACCCAUUAGCAGUAUCGGCCUUUUUUAAAAUUCAGAACGGGAAGUUAUAAACUUAUAACUCAUAAUAUUCAUUGAAUACAGCGAUAAAUUCAGAAACACUUUAAAAUAAUAUUUGGUAUAACCAUUCAUAAAAACGCUGGAUAAAAUGUUUAAUUACAGUAUCUAAAUGAUUUUAAGAAUUUAUUAUGAUUCGUGUACUUACAUCUUGAGGAUUUAGUAUUGCUCGGUAUGAAUAUUAUCUAUAUUUGGUUCCAUUAAAGAAAUAAUAAAUAAAAAUGACUUUUCGCGUAACCUGUAUGCGUAUUGUAAUUGACAUACUAUAAUAAUGACGUACGCUGUAUGACUCAAAACAGCCGACGGUGUGCAUUUUUUUUGUAAGUGGGUGAAGAGAAAAAAAAAUGUGUGAUUAAGUUUAAUCACGAAUAUUGUACUAUACAUAAUGGUAAAUGAGACACGAUUUAAUUUUUUUUAUAGAAUAUUUGUACUGCAUUUUUCUUUUAUUUCUAUAAAUCGACAUAGAUACCGCUGCCGCGCUUAAAAUGCACACUAGCGCGUUCAUCGAUGAAAGUUGCUCUAUGAGUUUUGUUUAUAAAUAUUGUAAAAAAAAAAAAAAACUUCACUAUAAAAUUGAUAUUGUUUUAGAUUGUGCGAAGAAGAAGUCAUUAGUAUUUAGUUUUACUGAAAAAAACACUUUGAAUAAUAAAAGUACUUGCGUAAAUGGGUUCUUUACCAUGCGAAAUUUCUACCCGAUAUAGUACUUUAUUUUACUUGAUACAUUUAUCAAUAUUUUCUGCAGUUCAGCCGUGGUUUUGUUUUUUGAUUUUUGUUGAUUUCUAGGUUCCUUUUAUAGGCGUUCUCAUGAGAAGUGCAAGGUUCUCCACUCAGAAUCGUUUUCGUUUUGCAAUUAUUUGUCCUUGGAUUUGUCAUUGUCAAAGUAAUGUGUGCAUUAUCAGUUUUUGUAAAGUUUAAGUUGUUAAGAACAUAGCAUAUACGUAUCAUCAACGUACACAGCGUAUCAUUACUAUGUAUUCGAACGAAUAAAUUAAAGUGAUUCGACGUUAAACUUUGUAGAUUUUCAAGAUACGUCUGAAGCGAAAAAUGUUUUUUGCUUCGAUUUAUUUUACGUUUAAAUGAUGUUUAUGAUAUAUUACUUAAUUGUUAUAAUAUUUUGGUUUUCAUUAUUUCCAAGAUUAUUCCUUAAGCUAGACAAUUUAAUGUUUUACUAAUUUUUUGAUAAAUGUUUAACUAUAUUAUUUUUUGUAGACAAUAUAAUGAAGUAAAAAAAAAAUUAAUUUUUGCACAUUUUUUAUACUUACCCGAAUUGCCCAUGUUUAUAAUAUACUGGCAUCAAAUUUCACACUUAUGCAAAGUUAUACACAAGUGUGAUAAAUUCUAACUGCAUGGUUAGUUAACAUAUUUUAAUGGACCAAUUAUGGGUCGCUAUUUAAUGUGUUUAAGAGUGGAUUGCUAAAUUUGUUUGUAAAAUUUUAAGACCCAUUUAGUGGACGGCCGUAUGCACGUUUUAAAUAUUUUCUGCUAGUUUUUUUUUAUGGUGUUAAGUACCGAUAUUAUAUUAUCUUUGCCAUAAACGAAUGCGCAUUAUACUGUAAUUUACUGGAUUUUUUCUCGUCAUAAACGUAAUUCCUUUUCGCGUAAACUAUGCGUUGAAAGUUUAAAUAAUAUUUUUUUUUCCAAUUUAUUAUUACCUAUCUAUUUAACAUAAUUCCACUUUAUUUAAGUAUAGGUACACUUAUAAAUGUCAUUAUAGGAAAACGGAAUGCAAGUUCUUUUUUAUUGUUAUUCAUUUUAAAAUCGAUUAUUGCAUUAGGAAAAAGGUUUCUGGUAAUAGAACUAAAAAAAAUGUUUACAUUUUUUUAAUGACUUCUGGAUGUUUUUUAUUUUAUCAAAUUUAUUUAUAUAAAUAGAUAUUUGGGUCUAUUUUUAUGACUGACACUGAUUAAUAUUUAAUGAAAAUAUAUUGUUUCCGUUUGAAUUUAUUAUUUUCAUAGUUUAUUCGGUGAAAGUUUUCCGUAUAGAAAUAAAAAGUACAAUUAUCAUAAUUUCGAAUAUUUUUUAGAUUGUCUUAUGUCGUAAUAAUAAUUAUUGUGAUUCGUAUGUAUAUUUUGUAUACUGUUGUUUACCGUAGGUGUGGAGUUUUUUAUGUCAUUCGAGAUGAAUAUAAUAAAACGAUGGCGAGAUCCAAUAUUAUUAUUUUCUGUAUAGCUUUCUAUUUCGUUUAGACUUUAAAUAAAAAUUGAAUUUUACGCGUUUCGACAGAUUCUACGUGUAAACGUGUAAAACAUUUACAUCGCGAUUCGCGUAUACAGAUUUUGGUCACUAUGUUUUGAUAGAAAGUACAUAAUGUGACGUAUACUACUUCUCUCCACCAAUAAUAUUCUCGGAAACAUCGAUCGUUUAGCGAUUUCAGAUCGCUAGGUUUACGGUUCGUUAGACCGGAGGCUAAAGUAAUAUAAUAUAGACGGGUAAUUAGUCGAAAAAAAAAAACAAAAACGGGUUAUUCGGUGCGUAUACAAUUGUAUAUCGCUCGGUAGAUUUUAUAGUAAAUAGCUGCAGGUAUAGGUAUUGUUAGUGAAAUAUCGCGGGCACUUCGACUCGUUUAAAUUCGAUUUGUAUACGUGCAAAAAGGUUGUCGUCACCGUAAUCACGAGAUGCGGUAAUUUUCUGCGCAAUUGCAUCUGACUCGGUGUAAGGAGAACCUUGGUGACUGCAGUCGGACGAUGUUUUCCGGAAUCGUCAGUGUGCACAGUCGUUGUCGUUGUUAGUUUCACACCGCCUUUAAAGCAAGGGAAAUUAACGCGCAAGGCUGUUUCGCACAGCAGCUAGUGAUUCCGGCGAUGGGGCCGUGGAUUUUUAUCGUCAUGUCGAUGUUUUACGAAAGUGCCUCCCGCGCGACAAGAGCGUGACAUCAGUUCGGGUUAGUGUACUAUUAUCGGUAUAUUUAAGGCCGACCAAAUAAUAAUAUUUUUUAUCGUCCGACUAUAAUAAAAACCAAAAAAACGACCUGGCUAUUGUUAUAAUUGUUGUUUCGAUGCAGAAAAACCUCGUAACAUUUCUCUUUCAACCCCCCCCCCUUUCAAAACCUCUGUAUUUUUAUUUUUUAUGUAAUCUACAGGUGUUGAAAACGCGUGUGCACACCCUUUGGGCGCCGACCUACAUACGUCACGUGUUUUAAUCUCCCUCGCCCCGCCCUUCCAUUACCUGCGCAGCACAACAAAUUGUCCGCCCUUGGCCGAUUCUGCACGCGCGCGUAUUAUGCAUUUUAUUAUUAUUGUUGUUUUCGUUGUCGUCAUAUCCUGAGCACACACGUACACAUGGAAUAUUGUCUCCGGCGCAAUGAUGAUAAUAAUAUAUAGUAUAAAAAUUGUCAACGACGAAGUUUGUUGGGGACGACGACGUGUCUAUGUCGCAACUCUAUCGCCCCGCGUGCGUAUAUAAUAAUUUUCAUCCGACCAAGUGCCACUGACCUGCAUUACUAUCUAUGGAUGUGGUUUGAAAGUUCUCUGCCGCCAGUUUUCGUGCACACUCUAUACUCGACCAGAUGUGCGCCGGCGCCACCAGAUUUAUCAUAGCAUACCUACCAACCUAUGGUACACAGUGGCUUUCACACGUAUACCUACUCGCAUUUCCUAUCGCAUGCUGCAGCCGCGAUACGAUUAUUAUUGUUAUUAUUAUUACGAUCGUUACUCUUCGUCGAGUGUGUGAUAGCAAGCGGUUUCGGUGAUGUCUGUACAACUAUACUAUAGGGGCGAGAGGAACGAUUUCGGAUUAUUCCGUUCGAACAUCAUUCGUGAUAAUUUCAUUUUUUUUACGCUUAAUACCUACUUCAUAUUUCUGUUUCUCUCGCUCCGCAGUUUAUUAUCAGGCAGGCCGACACAUUGUUCAUAAAGAACGCGACGAGUAUAAUUAUAGUCAAGACGGAAACAAUGAUGAUCCACAAAAAUAAUAAUAUUAUCAACGGUGAUUCGUCUGCAGCAGCUAUAUAACUGCUAUGCACUGCACAGUGUGUACAUAGCCUGGAGCUUUAUAUUAUUAUUAUUUUAACGAGUGAAAAAUUUUUGGUUUGGCCCACUUGCCAAAAAAGGGACUGGUCACCGAGCCUGUAAUUUUCUAACGUUGUGUCUGCGAUUGGAAACCGCGCGAGAACCGGAAUAUUAUUUUGUACCUAUAUGCGAGCGAACGAAUCUCAUAUUAUCAUUGUCUACACCGCCGUGCCUCCCUGGACGACGAGAAUGGUAGGUAUAUAGCAUAAGUAGGUAGCUACUUAUACGACGUCCGAGUUAAAAAGUCGUGUUACGCGACGAGAUCGAAUUUCAUAACGUAUACGUUAUAAAUUAAAAUGUGUAUUUGAGUAUACGAGGGGCUCAUUAUCUUUUGUACACAUAAUAAUAAUUCGAAUUUUUUUCCUAUUCAGUCUUGCAUAUUUUUUUAUUUUUUGAGAUGAUUAUUUGAAGGAUUGCAUAUUUAUUUUAAAUCCCGAGUUAAUUCGUAUUUCGGUGUCGGUAUACCGCGCAUAUGUAUAAUAUUACAAACCGUUUACGUAUUAUAUUUGCCGUCUUAUAAAAAUCAGUAUAGACAACAAUAUUAUUAACUUUUAGGUACAGUAUUUUGAUAAAAAUAAAUUAUAUAUAGGUCAAACUAAAGUCGGUGACAAACUCGUUAAUGUUUUUUUUUUCUUUUUUUCGUGCACAAUAUUCUAUGCACAGUGCAUGUGUGAGGCGUGACUUGUCCAUUACGAAUCGGUUAAAUAACCAUUUAAUUAACCGUCAUAUUGUUAGUGUAUUAUACCUACUAAUUAUUGUUUCUCUCAAAAUGCUGUUACUUCAGUAGAGUUAAUUUACCUAUAAUAUUAUAAUCAAAACUAACGUAUUCCAAAAAUCACGUUUUCAAAAAAUGAACAAGUGGGAAAGGGUUUUCCUGUAUAGCAAUGAAGAAAUCUAAAAUGCAUAUUUUAUGCAAUAUAGGCUAAGAAAAUUAAAAGUUUUAAGAUAUUUAGUAUUUUAUUUUUUAAAUUCCGAGCGUAGCGAAGGAGCUAUUGGUUUUCUUAAGAUAUUUUUUUUUUUAAUAAGCGUUUUAAAAUCAAAUUUAAACGAAAAUCUCAAAAGAAAUUACGGCACUUUAAAUUAUAUAUUACUGAACUGCACUCGGUAAUCGUCUUUCGUCGAGCAGUAGUUUAUCGUUGCUUACAGAUAUAAAUGUAAUAACUUUAUGUAUCUUACUUUCCCAACUUCUCACCUACAACAGUGGCUGCUUCCAUCCCCAGUAUCAGCUCUUUUUUGAAGUUGAAGUUAAAGUUUAGAUCAUGUGAGUUUUGUUUCCAAGGUACACGGAACGUGUGAGUUUUGAUAAUAGUUAAAUAAAAUACAAGAGUUUUCUAUGAAACAUGUAAUUUUUGAUUCGGGUUAAAUGGGGUGGGUUUAGUAUCAAGAUUCAUAUGAUCCAAUGGAAUUUGUUAUUUUUAAUAAAAAGGCGCUAUUUCCGGUUCAAUUUAGAUUUUUCCUUGUACUUUUUGAAAUUAACUGAUUGCAGAAUGGGAUUUGUCUUCAAAACUCCCGUUAAAACUGCAUCAUCGCCUACACAUUUAUCCUUGUUUGCCAAUUAUGCGUAGUUCGAACUAUAAACGUGAUAAAUAUUCACGCGGAAAACAUUUUUUCGCUAACUCCAUCCACCUGAUGUCUGAAGAAUUGUCUCGGGCUUCGUCGUAUUUUAAUACUAACCAUACGUUGAAAAACGCGUCUAUAAAUACAACAAUAUAAAUAAUAUAAUAAUCAUCCAUACGAACGAUGAAAAAUCAAUUUCUGGUAACCUACGGCCUUAUAAAGACGGGAGGGGGAAGCAAGGUUGAUUAUCGUUUAAAACUCAAUUAUAAAAUCGUUUACGAAAUGUUAUUAUGUAUAUUACUUGAACUCAGUAAUUGAUCAUUGAAUUUAAAAAUACCUAGUAGACGUAUUCGUGGUUGUUUUUUCAUUUGCUACGACAGCAGUGUACCAUAUUAUGUUUUUUUUUCAUUCGUGUUCCAUUUAUUCUAUAAAAUCGCAGUAAUAAUAAAUCAUACAUAUAUGUAAGGAUUUCUCGUAUAGGUGCAUUAUGUGUCUUGUAGUUUGAAAUUUGCAGUGUAUAUAAAUGCAUUUCUGAACGUGGUCAAAUAUUUAAAUCAUUCUAGUGAUUUUUAAACUAUUUAAAACUGUCGACGGUUUUUAGUUUCUAUUUUGUUUUACGUAUAAAUUCCUUUCAGUACAGCACAAAAACAAGAAAGUUUAACACGAGGUUCAUCAAAAGUUGUACUUAGUGGCCUACAAAAUAAAAAAAAGUUUAGCAUAAUGUAUUAAUUAUGUUUCAUAAUCGUUUAAAAUUAUUAUUUUUGAUGAAAAUCAUAAGUUACUGUCAUUUCGUGUACUUACCUACUGUAUUUUCCAAUUUAUGCAGGUACCUAUAGGCUAUAACAUUUUUUGGUUCAAUCAUAAAAACGCUCGAAAAUUUAAAACGAAAAAACACGGACAAUAAUUAUUAUUAUGAUUUAUUUUGUACGGUUACAAAUGAAGAUAAUAAUUUUCAGUUUAAGUUUUUUUAUUAUUAUCAUUUAAAAAUAGGAUAGAAAAAAAAACGAAAUAACACAAAAUCUUGGAACGAGGGGAUUCGCGCCGCCGCCGUUCAGUCCGUUUAUAAAUAAAGAUAGUGUUGAAAAAGUCAAAAUGGCGUCACACAGCAGAUGCCAAGUGCAUAUUACGGUCUAUUCUUGGACCUGGCGUCUGCAUCGCGUGCGACGUGUUUUCUCCCCUUCAAAAGACUCGCUCUGUACACCAAAAUAUAAAAUAAUAUUACCGACCGACUGUACACGGUGAUACGGAAAUAAAAAAAAAAAAUGCACACGUUUACCAAUAAUAAAAUCCUAAUACAAUAAGUAUUAUACACAUUUAUAUUAUAAUAUACCCCGUUAUAUUGCGUUUAACUUGUGUAAAAAAAUAACGAGUUUUCGGCCGUCGCCCGCAUAAUAACAAUUAUCAUUCAAUUACAGUAGAAUAUUACCCCUAAGUAGCAACUAUUAUCCCGACGAACAAUGGGGGUGGGUUGAUUAAUAUUUUUCAUUCGCUCGUUCGUCAUCGUACGGUUAUUACACACGCAAACGAUCAACUAGAGAUAAUAUUUUAUUAUCCUUCUUAAUUAACAAUAAUAAGGAAUUGAUAAUAGUUUACGUGCGCGUGCGCGGUACUAUCGCGGGUUAUAGCCUUGGACGGACGGAAAGAAAGGCGCGCGCGAUGGUCGGCCAGCCAGCGAUCGACCGACCGACGAGAUUGGUAAUUCGAGACACAACGCCGCGCGACGGAGAACAAUGUGAAAACGAUAGGCAGGUAGAUGAUGAACAUGUCACACUUGUUGACUUCGGAUAUAGAGUCGGGAAACGUGUAUUGUUUUACCAGCGCGCGAUCGUAAUCCAAUCCAAUAUUAUUAUUAUUCCCCUCUUCCUCCCAUUCAGACAGAGAUCCGUGUGUGCGAGAGAAAUGUUUUUUUUUUACGAAAUAAUACGCAACGGGAUUUUUUUUUUUCAUAAUAAAUGCGUGUAAAUCAUGCUCGUUCCCGACUCCGCUACGCUCUAUUGUCAUUGACCCUUUAUACGAAUCCUCUUCUAUAAUAUUAUAUUAUAAUGAUAUAAUUUAUUAUGUGUAUGUUUUUUGAGAAUCACUGGACUACUAUACGAUUCGGUAUUUUUCUGUUCGGUUGUAGUCGUAUAUUAUAUUAUCGCAUGUACGCAUACUAUGUAUAAUAAUAUUUACCUAUUACCUAUAUGAAAAAAAACAAUAAUAUAAACGAUAUAAUCAUAACCACCGCAUCUUGUAAGCACGCGGCUGUGUCAUAUGUGUGUGGCUUACCACACGCACAUAUGUUUUCGUACAUAAUAAUAUUAUAUCGGAAGACAAAGCUCACUCCCGGCGAUCUUCCAGCAAUACAUGCUGUUGUUCAUUAUAUUAUUAGAGCAGUGGGUCUAAUUUAGAGGAAACGAAAAUAAUAUAUUUACCCUUUAAUUUCACGAGUACACCGACCGAAAUAUUUCGUUUCUUAACUUUUAUGUUUUCAGGCAGUUGUCUUACGCGGAUGACCCUUUUACGCGAAAUGCAGAAUGUUAUAAAAUGCAUUUUUAUACGAAUUUAAAAGUAAACUAUAUAUUAUUAUUAUGAUAUGACUUGUUUAAUUUUUAGAUUCCCGUGUUAGUUUUUAUUUUCCCCCGUGGCUAUUUUUACUUUUACAAUAUUAUAUUUUAUAAUAAUAACCAUCCGCUAAUGAUAAUACUGCCGCAUUAUAAACUCAGCAAAAUAUCCAAAAAAUUACGUGUGUUUUACACGCGAAACUUAUUGGUGCAAAAUUAUAACGAUGCGUUCAGUAGUAAAACGAAUAUUAUUUGUAUCAUUAUAUCACUUCACCGUUAUACAUGCGGUUGUUGUACGGUCUUUUCAAGAGAACGACGACGUUUAUUUGUGUAAUUUGUGAAAGUUUUUUGCUCUUCAAACGUUGAAUGUAUUCCACGCACAUACGCACACAGGUGGUACCUAUAUACCUACCGUGGCUUCCUUACUCUGUACGACCGUAUGUUAUUUAUUUAUUUUUUUUAUCAGUUUCUCAAUCGGCUGUGUAGUUGUGCAGUAAAACCGGUGACAGAAGUGGUCACAGCAGGUUUAUGGUUUUUUCUUAAGUUAUUAUUGUUUUACUCUAUUUUGACGACAACGGUGGCGUAAUAGUAUUCAUUCUUAUAUUAAGGGCUGACAAAAAAUACUGAUAGUUCUAAUCGUCACCGCGGUCAUCCCCGUUGAUGACUAGCCGUCUGUAUGUAUUAUAAAAGAAAAGAAAAAAAAGGGUAUUUGUUGUUUAGACCUUGAUGCGCACGUCCGCCCCUCCUUAGUGUUGCCGUCGUCAUGCGUGGCGGCAACCGGUUUUUAUUACUUAUAUGUAUAUAUAUAAUAACAAAUACGUUUGAAAUCUCCUCCCGGAGUCCGGUUCUCGGGCCGCGUUCUAUAUUACAAACCAUCGUCGUCGUCGAGCUAUUAUAGCAGACCAGCGUAGGUGAGGUGAUGGUGUACAGGGUGUAUACUGUAUAUACUAUAGUCUAAUGAUGAAAAAAAGAAAACGAAAACAUAAUAAUAAAAAAGGCCGAUACUGCUGAUGGGUGUACCACUGUUUUUGGAAGUGACUAUAAUAAUAUAGAUAUAUUAUAAAGAGAGAUUAAUUUCAUUCGUAUGUAUUUGUAACGAUAAACCGUUGCUAACGAAAAACAAUUCUGAGCGGAGCAUUAUUAAUCGUACUUUUCCUCUUAUUGCCACGAUAACCCGGAAAUCUAUACAAAUUAUACAAGUUGCCAGAUUUUCCCAAAUAAACAAAAAAAAAAAAUUGUAUUUAUUUAUCGUAUGGUUUGUGUUUAGAAUAUUAGUAAAUUUCUUUAAUGCACCAACUAAAUAAAAAUAAUUACUAUAAGAAAGUUCAUUUUUAAAGUUUUCGAUCGGAACAAGGUUUCUAGUAAAAAAGGAAAAAAAAAUGCAUAAUAGUAAUAGUAAAUAACAAACACAUUCCUUGCUUCACUCAGAAUCUAAGAAUUGAUUUUGAUAUACAAUAAUUUCGUCGUCGAUACCGUCGCCUUCGCCGCACACCGGUAAUGCGUAGGUAUGUAUAAUAAUAUUGUGUGCAGUGUCCGCGAAAAGUGUGGGACGAUAUUAUUUCCUUCUAUAUAUAAUACACCUUAAAAAAAAAAAAAACUAAUAACCAUAAUAAUGGUAAUAAAAAAACAAUUUGUACAUGCCCGUGAUGUGUGCAGUAGUUUGUAGUUGUUUGUCUGCGCCGCCGUCUUGUCGCGCGCGCACAUCGGAUUGGUUUCCUCAUCCGCGACCUUUGAGUAAAUUUAUAAUAAUGUUAUAUAAUUUCCGAGCGUUCGAAUCUCUUUUAUUAUAUUACUGUAUAUAAUACGGAUUAUAACUCCGGGAUAGUUGUUUACCGGUUCUGCCAUAGUCUCGGUGUACGUAAUAUUUAAACGCCGUCCGAUUAAGUUAACGUGCUGUUUGUUACGAUUUUUUUCGCACUACUAUCUGCUAAUCGUCUUAAUAAUAGUUAUAAUCAAGAGUUGAAAAAAAAGAACAAUGAGUUGUUAUUAAAUUUAUUUUUGGUGACUAGGUAUGGGGCUCGAGGGCGUGGGAUAUAUGCACAGAGGCGAAAGAAAAAACUAAUAUUUUUUUAUUCUGUGUGUGUGUGUGUGUGUGCGUGUGCGUGUGCGUGCGCGUGCGCGAGUUUUUUGCUGCUGCAGAUGUGUGCGUUUGAUACACGUGAGCACGAGGAAAAACGAAAAUCGUUUCGCGUACAGACUAAACAAUGUGUCGAUAAACGAAAAUAUUAUUAUGUUAUAAAUAUUGAUAGCGAUAAUACGAACGAGAUAAUAUUAAUAAUAUGCGAACGCCUGGUCGUUGACGUCCGAUCGUUUUGGAGAUUUAUUUGUGUACCUAAUACGUUUUCGUUUCAAUGAUAUUAUCAAUGCUGUGUUAUAGAACCACUGCUAUUGCACGAAUAUUAAACACUAUCGGGGUUGUUUACCGUGAAAAGUAAAAAUGUAUUACUUAUUUGUGUUUUUUUUUUAGUGGGAAAUUGACAGUCGCCAGACAAUGGUGCACUCAUAGGUUAGGUGCCGCCAGUAUAAUUAAAUAUAAUGUGAUGCACUAUGCCCGGGCUAAUCAAGUUUUUAUAUAAUACUCGGUCGUAUACAUGAAUACAAUAGCGAACCGAAUUGGAUCCGAAAAUCCCUUGUUUUUGACCAGUUUUAUACGUCAUACUAAUUAUUAAUACCUGUAUGGCACAGUAGUCUGGUAGUAAUGUUAGCACAGAUCCUCCACUACUGUCGGUUUAAAAAUAAAAAUGCCAAUAGGUAGGUGUUAUUACUAUUAUAUAUUUUUUUUCUUAUAGAGUUAUGUAUUUUAUUGCAUUGUUGGCAUACUAGUCCAGUUAUUAUUAUUAUUAUUAUUACGGUAAGAGUGAAAACCGUCGAUCAUGUGUCCAAAAAACACCCUUCUUUCAGACAAUGGAUCGCAGCGGAUGUCUGCACUCUGUAAUAUGUCUCGCAUGAUGGUUUUAUCCAACCCCAAUUUAAACCGAAUCCCCAUCUAUAGACGCAAACCACCGUAAACAUAUAUUAGGUUUUUUUGUUCAUGUUAUUAUUUAUAUUAUAAUGUAUACAAAUACAAAAUACUGAUGUCAGUAUUUGUGGAACAUCGUUUUUUUUUUUUCAUAAGCCGAAAACCUUAUAAUUUUCAGGCCGUGUUUCAUAUGAACAAAAUACAAAUUCGAUGUCAUUUAACUAACUAUUGCAGGGGACAAAAAUAUUAACAAUGUUUGUAAAAUUGCAAAAGAUAUUUUUUUUUUAUACUGAAAUAAUCAAAUACGAGUACCUAAUACCAUAUUAGUUUUUCGUUAAUUUUAUUAAAUCUCAAAUAAUGUUGUUACAGAAAUAACAAAAGUCCGGGCCAGCCUGUUCGAAGUGAACGGCGUGAAGAAAGAACCGCUGGUGCUGCCGGAACCGGAUGGCGCGCCCGUCACCAUUACCGAAAAAGUGUUCGUGCCGGUUAAGGAUCAUCCGGAGGUAAGAAUACGAAUAUUACAUAUUAUUAUAUUAUUACGGGGAUAGAUACGUUGACGUGGCACACCCGGUCGUUUAGUAGUUUUUACUAUUACUAUUACUGUGCUCAACGACGACAAAAACGCAGUGUGUUAUUGUUUUCCGGGGCGCGCGCGCAAAGGAAAUGGUCUCGAUGACAUAACGCACAAAAACGACAGACGACACACGGUGUGUUUUGCUCCAAAAAUAGAGCGGACAAAUAUAUUAUAACAUACAUACAUAUUAUCGUGUCGUUGACGCCGCCCACGCAGCAGUUUAGACUUCUCGGUGUACGGCUGCAGCUACGUAUAUAUAGUAUAUAAUGCUGUUGGUGAUAUCCCGUGCCAAGAGUCCGCGAAGCAAAGAGCCGUAUCGUGUGUCCACCCUUCCUCUCCACUUUCCUCCCCAACUCCGACGUCGUAUGACUAGUGCCCGGGCACUCGCCCAAAAUGAAAAUAUUAUAUUUUAUUAUUAUAAAAAACGAAAAUAAGUAGGUACGAAAAUGUUUCAUCUUAAAUUCACCGAAAAUCUCGUGGAGAGUUCGGGAAAAAAACCCCGUGAUAAAAAUAUUAUAACAGACACAAAUACCGGCAAUAGAUUUCUCGCUACAAGAUUUUAUAAAAUUGUUUUACAGUAAAAUCUGUCUAUAAUAAUAUAUUCUAUAUUAUUGUACAAACCUUUUUGUAGUUACACGAGAGUAACAAUAAAAAAAAGUCCACUUUUAUUGUAAAGAUUGACGAAAAAAAUUACUCUACCUUCCAAAAUUCAACUAAUCCAUGGAUCUGUUAUAAAAGGUUGUUAGGUACCAAAAUAUUUAGAUUUCGUUGAAUGGCACAUAGCCAUGUGCUUGCAACAUUUUCCCUAUAUACAUUAUACCUGUCAUGUAUAAUAAACACCAUGUCUCUGGUAAUGGCGCAAUUAGCUCAUAAACAAUAGAGAGGCUUGAGUCCCACCAUAAUAUUAAAUAAUAUAAAUACAAUGAUGCAGGGGUUAUUUUGAAAUAUAUAAUAUAUAUUCCAAAACGAAUAAUAUUAUUAUUUUCAUUUUAAUUGCACAUCGCUGAAUUAUGGAACACACACCCUUAUUAUUAAAAGUAUCUGUUCUGUUCUUUUGAAUUUUUCAAAAUGUUUUCUAUUCUUUAAUAAUGUCGAGGACCGGCAUCCCAUGGUGUCCAGUAUUCGUAGGUUAUAAUCCUCCAUUUUUCCCACCAUAUUGUGCGUUAUCCGUAUUUCAUGUAUUUUAUCGAAUAAUUCUAAAAACCCCAACUUUUGAAAGAGGUUUACAUUACAGAUAAGAGGUUUGAGGUUACUGCAGACAAACGAACCGAACGACGAUGAUGACGACCACCAAACGUCCAUGGGAUAAUGAAAUCACUGUACUGGUUUUCACGUGUUAUUAUUGAAAUGCGUGUGUAGUGUGUCUUUUGUCCGAUUUUUCCUCCGAUAUAAAUAUAAUAUACGAGUAUCAUAGUUACGGUUUCUUCCGUUCAAGGUCCUCUCCAUUUCGUGUCCUUCUCCGUAGCCGUCGUCUCGCAGUUUUUCUUUCGGAUUUUCGAUUCCCACUCCUCCCCGUUCAAACCGCCUAUGUUCAACCCAACCUAACCGUCUACAGUAGUUACAAUAUAUUUUAUUAUAUUGUACUAUACGCUCGCAUUUUUAAUUUAAUGCACAUGUCCGUUACGCGAGUACGACCGCCACGGCCCUUCUCCCGCCUUCGCAGUUAAGACUUCUAUAAAUACGAGUAUUAUAUUAUUAUUAAUUAUUAUUAUUAUUAUUAUUAUUAUUAUUACUGUGUAUAACGUGCGGCAGUCGUAUUCGUAUACUAUUUUUCGUACACGUGUGUAUCGUUUUCUACAGCCGAGACCGUCCUGUCGUUCGCCGCCUCCUCCGGUCGAUCGUCUCCCCCGCUGCUAUAAUAUAUACCCUCGUGAUGAGAUUUACAUCAUACACGCCACGUUGGCAUCGUCGUCGAGACGUUCGAAAGUGUAUUUACUUAAAUGAGGUUUCUUUGCUCCCUGCGCACGGCAUGUCACAGCAAAGCCAUAAAUACCAAGGAAAUAUAGAAGGUAUAUACUAGAUUCGUCCAAAAAAAGCGGUUCGCUUAAAAAGGCGCCCCCUCCCCCUCGACGACAUGUUUUGUUUGUAACUAGUAACUAUUCAUUGCGUAGGUAAAGUAAUCAAAGGCGUGUUCCGAUGUCGUUUUGAGUGACCUGGUUACUAGAUUAGCGAGGAAACUGUUUCAGUAAUAUUGCUUACUGUAAUUAUUGUUUGAUAAUCGAAUGCACUUUUCGAUAACCAGGUUACCGGAAUCAGUAAUUAAAAACUACAUUUACUGUCUUCGGUUACUGAUUAUCCAUUGGUAAAAUACUGUAUAGUAAACAAAACAUUUUAGUGACAGCGCAAUCAAAUAGCAAACUGUUAUAGAAACUGCAUCGUCGAAACACAUCUCAUGAUGAAAACUAUAUAUAUACUGGUAUGAACGGCGAAUAACCAUUUUGUCAUAUAACUAACGUAGCGAAUAGAAAAUGAUUUAGUUAAAUAAUCAAACCGUGUUUUGUUCGGGAAUUAUUGGUUGAGUACCUAUAUAUAUUGCCUCUAUCUAGGAGAACAAUAGCGGAAGUCCAGAAAAACGGGAAUCAAGGGGGUGCUAUGAGGGGUGGUUUAAUAACCCAUUGACUGAGCGACAAAUUAUAUAGAUUUUCUAGUGCAACGUUCUGAUUAUGUAUUUAUGUACAAUGGACCCAGUUUUAAAACUUUUUUUAUGGAAUUUUAAAUAAUUUUCGUUUUCUUCACGUUCGUAUAUAGUAUUACACCUAUAAUAUCAAAUUUAUAAUUUUCAAAAUAUUUUACACGCUAUUUAAAUUCGAAAUAUUGUAUUUUACUACAUUCUAAUGUUUUUUUUUUGGAUUUCUAAGAUGUCUUGUGCAUUAAAUUCCUACAGAUCUAUAUAAUAUAAUAAUAAUAAACUAUAUAACAAAUAAAUAUAUAUUAAUUUCGCAUAGUAAUAUGUUGCAUAAGUAGUUUAAAAAAAUUUCAUUUUCCGUUGCUUAUAGAUUUCAAAUUUUCAUAUUUGUGAGAAAGAAUGAGGUUCGUUAGCACGUUUAUAUUUUUAGGAAAAUACAAACUCCCUUCCGAUCUAUAAAUAUAUACAACCAUGUUCUUAUAAAAGAUAAUUUAGGAAUGUUAGGCUAUCAAGUAUAUGGUCACUUUAAAGGCAGUUUUACUUUAUAUUUUAACCACUACUUCAAUAGCGUGAUGAGCGUAUUUUGAGGUUAGUUAGGUUGAAAAAUCACAGUUAAAAUAAAUAACAAUUAAAAAAAAUAUAUAUUGUUAUUUAUUUUUAAAAAUUAAAUAUAUACCUAUAUUAUAUAUAAAAACCAGUAAAUUAAAUUAAAUCGUAAAUUUUCGAAAUUUUUAACCAUUUUAAACGUUUGAACAUGACCGCAAUAAAGUCCGGUUUAAGGUGCUCCAGGACAAAACGUGGUUAAUAAGUGAACUAAAACUACAUCUUUAAGUGACCGCAAAAUUAACACGGAUGAGAUAGCCAGUGUUCCGACCUUAUUUUUUAAGACCGCGUGUACAAUCGAUUUUUAACCCCCUCCCUGGUCUUCCUCCAUUCCUGCCCCGUUGCAAACAUUUCCGAGCACGUCCCCAGUCGAAAAAACAAGAUACAAAAUUAUUUUCGUAAAAAUAAUAUUAUAACGUUAUUGUACGAGAAAUCGACGUUAUGGCGGUCGUUUAAACAAUGAACAGUUUGUUUCGCGUGCAUGAUGGCCGCCGCCGUUGUCGCAACACUACCGAGUCGCGGUGAUUCGUCCGGAAAAUAAGUCCCCACGACGAUUUUGUGUGCGCACCGGCUGUGGUGACCCUUUUUUCGCAUUUUUUUUCUCAUAUCGUCUGGUCUGGUCAGUGUUAACGAUACUCUCGGCAUUCUAUUUUUAAGACACCGUAAAACAACACGAUCCACGAGAAAAACGACUCGACGCAAAUGUGUGAAAAUAAACUACCUACGUAUAAAAAUAUGUUAAAUAACAUAUUAUUUUUUUUCAUAUAAUAUCGAGUACUUUUGAAUUUUAUUUAUUUAUAUGAAUAACAUAAUUAUAUAAUACAUAAUUGUUUACCUCACGAGUAUUGCUGACGUGCACAAGCAUUUAUUAUUAUAUAAACGAUCGAUCUAUGCGGAAUACCUUGCACUACAUUAAUAAUUAGUACCCUAUCCUAUACCUUAAAAUGAAAUAAUAUUUUUAGAAACUAUUUUUAUUAUAUUCUCGUUUAUUGUAUUGUAUAUUGUUACGUUCUGCGAGAAAUCCAUUUGUUUGUUGAGAAAAACAUUUGGUUCUUUUAAGCGCAAGUACUAAACAUUAGAGAAUUAUAAUAUUAUUUAGUAAUUUCAACCAUCCCAUAUAAAUAAUGUACGCCCAGUGAUCGUGCAGUCACGUAUGAUACAACGGACGAAAAUAACUAUUCUAAUGAUUUAAUAAUAAUAUUUUAUUCGUGUUUCCUUUUAAUAUAUUAAGGAAAAUUACAUUUGUCCAAAAAAUUAAUUUUACAUAAUCAUUUUAGUAAUGUUUAAAUUAGACGUGAGGACAACGGAAUCUCGAAAUUUUAACUCAGAGGGUCGUCAAAUUAGAAUAAUUUGCCGUCUAUAUUUUUCAAAUGAACAAUAUAUAUAGUAAAAACGUGUUCAAUAUUAGAAAUAAAACAUAAAAAAAAAGUCGAUUCAGCUGAUUUGUGCACCAUGGUUAUAGAACUAAGAUGUUGAGAAGGUAGAAUACAUAAAGUUAUUUAAAUUAUUUCUGUAAACAAUGAUAAACGAAGUAAAGUUCUGAACAAAUUUUGGUUAUAACUACAUGAUUUGAAAGGAUAUUCGUAAUAUUUACGAUUUAUUAAAUUUGAUUUUAAAACAAAAUAAAAGGGAAAUACUUCGCCCAUGAGUGGGCUACUGUAGUAGGUGAGAAGUUGGGAAGAUAUGAUAUAAAGGGGAUCUUAAUAUAUUUUUGUAUGUAAUCGCUAGUAAUGAUUCUGAGCGGAAUUUGGUUAUACAUGAUUUAAAACCGUAAUAUUUACGAUUUUCGUCAAAAUGUAAUGUUAAAAUUCUUGUUCUGUGUAACAAUUUUAUCCAUGUAGUACCUACCGCAUAAAUAUUACGUAAAGAACUCAAACAAAAUUAAAAUGUUUAUAAAUAGUUCAAUAAUAAUUUGACUACGUCUAUAUAAGACAAAUAUAACGUUUCUAUCUAAAUUUCAAGUCUCUACGAAAAUUCUCAAGUGAAUUACAACAAAAUUGAAAAUAAUAAAGGCAUUAUUUUCGUAUCCCGUUUUUCCCAGUUAUUAUGAAAACCGCUAAAAAUAAUAAAAAAAAUGACCUUCACAAAAGUAUCAUCCUACAAAAUUUUCCUUUCAAAAAAGAUGCUUCAGUUAAAAAUUAGAUCAAAAUUUCUAGUAGAAAAGUUGUUUACAGGAGAAAAAAAAAUAAACAUCAUUGUACUCGUAAAACCAAUUUAUUACUUGCUCCCUCCGCUCAGAAUCUAAAACACAAAUCAUAGUAAAAACAAAAAUCCCUUCUUACACUUCGAAUCUAAAAUGUGUAGACGGUACCAUCAUUAUAUAUAAUUCUAAAAUAUUUUCUGUUGAAGUUGUGUAUAUAUAAAUACGGACAAACUUAGAAAAGUGAAUUUCAAGAAUGCUCGAUCGAAUACCUAGUGGUGAGAAUCAUUGUCUUUAAAAAAAAUGUAAACAAUUUUUAGAUUCUGAGAGAAGCAAGAGUAUUGUAUAUACGUAUUGCCUUUACCACGAUGUUUUUUUUUGUCUGUAAAAAAAAUUUCUAUUAAAAAUCUCGUUCUUAUCAAAACCUUUUUAAAAAUUUUCUCAUACCAUUUUUAUCUAUUUAGUGCUUUAGAAGGUUACUGUUUGGUUUUUCUUGUAGUUUUCUUAAUAAAUGGGGAAAACUAUUUUUUGUAUAAUUUUUGGUAGCAUUUUGACAAUAAACGAAAAACUGUUGCCAGUAAAACUGCUUAAAAUAUUUUUUCGUUAGUCAAUGGUUUAUCGUUGCGUACUGAUAAAAAUCAAAUUACUCUAUAUAUCUAUCAUUUCUUCCAACUUCCCUCUUAAAACAGUAACACACCCGUUAGCAGUAUCAGCCUUUUUUAUUUAUUUGUUUAUGUAAUUCCGAUUUUAUCUUAUAUGACUAUUAUUAGACCGUUUUAUGUCUUAUUAUUAGUAGUAGUAGGUAUAUUAUUAUUAUACUGUAGCGUAUAUAUACGGUGACAGGGAGGAAAACUAUGUGUCUCUCGCAUGUUGUCAUCCGUACUUAGCAGAAAAAUAUGGGUUCGGCACGUCCUUGGUACAAUAAUAAUAAUAAUACUCGUAUAAUAUUUAAUAUAUACAUUAUACAUAGCUCAUAAUAAUAUUUUUAUAUACCGCUGCAGCGCACAAUAUAUAACGGUAUUGAAUGGGAUGGUCCAAAAGACAUGUCCGGCCAUGGAUGCCCAUUAAUGGACAACGGUGGCGUGUAAUAAUAAUAUAUUUGUUCUAUUCGAUUUUUUUUGUUAUUUUUCUCUAUAAUAAACCGGCUAAACUUUGAAUAUUGCAACCUACACCCGAUUAUUGGCGUUGUAGCAGCAUAUAUCCAAUCCUCUUAAAAAAAGAGUUGAUACUGCUACGUACCACAACUAUUGUAGAUGGGAAGUUAGGGAAGUACAGGUAACACAAAGGACGUGUAUUGUCAUAGAUAAUAAUAUCACGUAUGAAAUUUAUAACGUAUACAUAUGAAUAAAACUUGUUUAUUUUUUUUUCGGUGGACAACUUUUCUACCUAAAGGCUUACUUCGAUUUUCACGUGUAGCAACUUUUCGUAAAUGAAAUCGAUGUGGGGAGGUACAUUAGAUAGGCCAUUUUUCGAUUUUCUCAAGAAUUUUCUCGUUAAAUAUGAAAAAAUGUUAAAACCGAAGAAAUCGGUACAACAUUAAACAAAUAUUAUUAAUAAAAAUAUAUAGUGCCUAUUUAAUUAUUUUACUAUAAUAUGGCCUAUAUAAUAUAGCAUAUAUAUUGUUGACAAAGCAUCACUAUCAAUUGAACUCUGCUCAGAAUCAUUUUUUCGUUAGCUAUGUUUUACGUUAAAUAUGGUUUAUACAUUAAAUUCCCGUGUGUAGCCUACCUUUACAACUUCCCACCUACACCAGUGGCUCCAGUGGUGUACGCAAGGGGGGCUAAAGGGCUGAAGUCCUCCCUCAUUGACUGUAUUUAUAUAUAUAUUUAUAUAUUUAUACAUACAUAUUUGUUUAUAUUUUUCAAGUUUCAACUUUAACAAUAGCAAAUAAAGAUGUUUUUCAUAAAAUACGCUAUAUAUGUAAGUAAAUAAUUUAAUUUAACACCGCUAUCUAUUAAUAACCUUACUAUACGACUCUAUCAUCGCAAAAUAAAAUUUUAUUAGAUUUAUAAGAUUAUUAUUUUUUAUGUGGUCACAGUCGUUAUAAAGCAUAAACAAUGGUUUUGUUAUUAUUACAAUUUUGGUGGUUGGUGUUACCAUGCAUACACGGGCUUCCACACAACCUUAGAUAACAACCUUAGAACAACCUUUAAUUAGUGAAAAACAAUAAGGUAGAUAGGUAGAUAAGUUUGUUUUCACUUAUUUCUCUUUAGUAUCAAAGUAAUAAUAUUUUGUAUAGGUUUUUCGUGUUAAACGUAUCUCAUUGACUUUUGGCCGUUUUAAUCCUCUACUAGCUAACAAUUAUAUUUGACUGCCCUAAAUUCUAUUCGAAAUUAUGAGAAAAGCCUAGUUCUUUAGGUUAGACAAGAUUGAAAGAUUCAAAUUAAGGUUUUCAUUGGCAACCGUUUUUAUUUAUUUUUCGUUAUUAUUAAGUUUUUAUUGUUUUAACUUUUUUUAAACAAUCAUUGUUGUUAUGGAAACGCAUAUUGUAAUCAUUUUAACAUAAUAUGACAUAUGUAUUGUUGACAAAGCAGCACUGUCAACCGAAUCGCUCAGAAUCGUUUUUUCGGUAACAAUGGUUUAUCGUUGCUUACAGAUAUACAUCAAAUUCCCAUUUAAAUCCUACCUUCCCAACUUCCCACCUACAACAAUGGCCACGUGCGAAGUAUAUCUGUCUUUUUUUAAAAUUUGUUUGUGUACCUUUAUUUUAUGUUUAUUAUCAGGCAGACGUGAGAAUGCACCUAAUUUAUUUUUCAAACUUGUGACAAAACAACUGAUUAAUUAUCAAUUUUUCGAGCUCCCCCCAUUGAAAAAUCCUGCGUACGCCAUUGAGUGGUUCCACCCGUCCCCAUUAUCUUAACUUUUUUUUUUGAUAUCCAAUUUAAAUGCGAUCAAAAGAUUUUUUUUCUCAUACAAUUUUUUUUUAAAUUUAUAACGUAUAUUUUUAGAUUCUGAGUGUAUUCGUUUUACAAUGAUGUCUAUUUCUUUUUUUCUGUGAACAAUUUAUCAUAAAUUUGGUUCGAUUUUAACUUUUUCUGAAAGGAAAUUCGACUCAGAUAGAUUUUUUGAUUUGCCUAGGGGUUUUUAUAGUAAUUUGGAAAACUGAAAAAUUUACGAAGUAUUAUUUUUAAAUCGUAAAUAUUACAGACUUUCAAAACAUGUACAACUGAACCCCGUUCAGAAUCGUUUUUCGUUAGGUUAGGUUAGGCUAGUAAUCAUUGUACACAGAUAUACAUUAAAUUUUCUCUCUACCUUCCCAACUUCUCGCUUAUAACAGUAGCCCACUCAUCGUGCGAAGUAUUUCCGUCUGUUUUUUUGAAAUUAAAUUAGUAAAAAUAAAAUAUAUAUGAAUAAUUUAGAAUUAAUUAAUGUACUUGUAAUUUUCAAUUAUAUUGUUCUAACUAUCAAUUAUAAAAGAGAGCAUAUGUACCAAGUAAACUGAAAACUUAACUAAAUUAUAAUUUAUAUUAGGUAGAUAACAUUAAAAUAAAUUAAUAACCGGUUUUUAAUAAUUUAUAGUACUAUGCGUUUAAUACGUAUAUGUUUAUUAUACGUUACAAGUAUACAAUUCUGUUUAAAAAUAUGAUUGCUAACGAAAAAUAAUUUUAAUCACGAAGUUUGGUUAAACUGCAUGUUUUGAAAUGAUUUUUACGUUUUUCGUCAAAAUUUAUACUUUUUAAUAAAAACAACACUAAUAUAACGCUCGACUUUUUUUUUAAAACCCCUAUGUACACCUUAAGAUAAACCCCAAUCAUAUAUAUUAGAUUUUUUCAAGCACUUCUGUCCGGACAAACUUGUUUAUUCGCAUACAAUUUAAAAAAGCUCGAAAAUGUAAAAUGCCUAUAAAAAACUUAAAACUCAUUGAAAUUUUGGUUUUGAAAGUGCUAAUGUUAGUUUUGUGUAGAAAUUUUUAACUCUACGAUCGUUUUAAAUAAAUUAGGUGUAACAAAAAAAAAAAACAAAAUUGAUAAUAAUGAAACUGUUAGUGCCGUUUCCCGUUUUUGCUAGGUUUUUUCCCCAGUUUUUCUCAAUUUGUAAUAAAACUGUUGGAUAAUCCAAAAAAUGAGCUCUUUACAUUAACUAGAUCUAAAAUUAUACAAAAAAGCUUUUGUAAUUUUUUGAUUGGAGCAAGAUUUCUGGUAAAGUUUGUUUUUAUAUAGGCAGAAAAAAUAGCACAUAUUUUCAUAGUAAAACCAAUACAUUCCUUACACCAUUUUGCAGAUUAUUCACGUGUAUAAUAUUAUAUAAUUCGAAUUCGGUAUUAUUACAUUCCACGUAGAGUUAAUGAUUUUUAGGGAAAAUAUAUGUAUAUAAAAAAACGGUGAUUUGUAUUUCAUCUUUGUUAUUAUUAUUAUUAAAAAUGUAAUGGUUAGUGUAUAUAAUAAAUAGCAUCGCGGGUGGAAUAAUAUGGCAUUUCCAAAAUGAGUAAUCCCACACUAUUAAAUUUCCAUAUAUACUACUGUGGUGUAUACAUUAUUUUUUCGUCAUUUUAAAUCGUCGUCCACGCUGCACACAUAAACACAUUUUUUUUUGUGUAUAUGUAUAAGAAAUGUUAAAGAUCAUAAACGUGCCAGAGAAAACACGAGAGGACCAUAUGGUCGGGUUCUUUUUUAGGAUCGUGACAACGCUGAAUAUGGCUAACGUGCAAUAGCAAUGGCGCCCUCGCAGUCUCCGCCGCCGCUUCGUGUCCUUAAUAAUAAUGAAUAUGUUUAUUUUUUUUUUCUGUUCAAAAUCGUUUUUUCUACCUGUUUCAUAUAGUGACUCUCGCCGUUUGUUAUAGUAAAUAAUAUUUAUAACAGUUUUAAAAUAACAAAAAAUAUAUAUAAUAUAUUAUUAUUAAUAAUAAACGAUGGUGACAAAUGUGUGCAGUGAUGUUUGCGUGUGAAACUUCAUGACGUUGUCGUGCACACGACAUUUGCGAGAAUUUUUUGAGAAAGAGAGAGUGAGAGUGAGUCGGAGAGAGGUUCUUUAAUCCUUUUUUGGCAUUGGUGGCAUUAUAUUCGGGUUUGGCAAAAAGCAGUUCAUUAGUACUGCGAUUAUUAUGUGGUAGUUGAUUUUUUUUCCGUCACCGCCGCAAACCAUUGUUGUGAUUUGUGUGGUGGUGAUGCCCAUAUUAUAAUAAUAUCUUCAAGUCGUUUUGCAUGUAUAUUAUUAUAAUAUUAUGCACGUCUAGACUAUCAAUCCUUAACUGGCCAUAAAAUUAAUCGCCCAACAUUAUUGUUCUCUCGCGUGAAUUAUUACGAUAUAUAUAUAUAUUUUUUUUUUUCUGAAAACUAAUUUUACCACGUUUUUUUGGGUUGUGAACGCGUCUCUAUUAAUUUUUAUACUGUAUUGUAAUUUAUGUCGUUUUCAUACCGAAUAUUGUAUUCAACUCGAAUCGCAGUUUAGAUUAUAAUGAUAUUAAAUUAGUUUUACAUGAUGUACUUUUUUAUGUCUAUAAACUAUUUUCCAACAGAAAUCUUGCUCUAGUCAAAAACUUAUAAGAGUUUUUUUGUAGCAUUUUUGAUCUAGUUAGUGCAUCGUUUUGUGAUUUUCCUCGUAGUUUUCUUUAUAAACAGAGAAAACUGAAAAUUAUUUGUAUAAUUUUUGUUGGAUUACCUGGAUUACCUUGACAACAAAAGAAAAAUAAUAAUGUACUCUACUCAGAAUCGUUUUUAAUUAGUAAUAGUUCAUCGUUAGGUACAGAUGUAAAUUCAAUUAUUAUAUAUAUUCUCCCUUCUAACUAGCCACCUAAAACAAUUGUAAACCCAUCUUGCAGCUCUUUUUGAUAUUAUACGUUACGUAUAUAGAAUGAUUUUUUAUCAUGAACCAGCAAUUAUCUCGGAGGAUUUAAACGAAUUUGAUUUCUGUUUCUUUUAAUCCUUGUGAAACCGUUUAAGCUUUAUUUUAAUACUAUUUUUAAUUAUUACUCCUACUCCAUAUACAUUAAAUAAGUAAGUACUUUUGUUUUUCAAAUAGGAAUCCCCCCCUUUCGAACACAGAUUCGGAUAACAAAUAUUUUUUUAAAAAUAUUAGUAUAGAUAACACUAAUAUCAGAUAAACUAUUUCUGAGUUAUAACUGUUUAAAGUUUCUACUGGAGGAGUUGGGAAGAGUUAUGAAUUUAUCAUUUAAAAAAAUAUAUACAAUUUAUUACCUUUUCCUACUUCUCUGGUCUAAACAUUAAACUAUUAAAACGAAUAAACGAUAAAUAUGAUAUUCGUAUACCUAAUGCAAAUCAAAAUUUCUUGAAAAAUAUUCUCUAUUCGAAUCUAUGUUCAAAAAGGAGGGUUCUAUUUGAAAAAUCAAAAUAAGCAUAUAUUUAUUUAAGGUAAAUAGAGUAGGGUGAAAAUUAAAAACUGUUUCAAAAUAAAACUUAACCGAUUCCAUUAUGAUUAUAUAUAUAUAAAAAAAAAAAAAAAAUUCACUUAAAAUCCUCUGAGAAAAUUGCUGGUUUAUGAUAAAAAAAAAAAUACUCUGUAUACUGGUAAUUAGUAUACUGCAACUGCAUUAUGAUUUUCGUAUAAAAUCAAUUCUCGAGAAAUUACAAGUCAAUCAUUUCUCUAUCGUAUUAUAAUAUGUUUUAUCUGGCUGAAACCAUUUUUUUUUUGUCAUGAACAACAAUAAUUUAAAUAACUGCAAUGUUUUAAUUAGUAUAAAAUGUAAUAUAUAGAGUUAUAUUAUAUAAUAUUAUGUUGUGUUGAAAUUAAUCUUAUCGCGAUUUGAGCAGUGUAUUUUAUUUUACGGAAUAUUGUAUCACAAUAACUUACACAUCAUAAUGAUUUUUCAUGUACAUAAAUUAGACUUUUUUUAUUGAAUUGUAUAUAUGUACUUAAAAUAUUAUGUCUUCUUUAGAAUAGGAAUUUAGAUGAAACACUGAUAAAAUUAAGAAGUUUCAUUAUUAAUAUUAUUUUAAGUUUAAUUAAAUAUUAAUAGCAUUUCUAGAUUAGGUAUAUUAUUUCAUUUGAGCCUUUUUUUUAUGUAUAUAAUAAAUAUAGGUACUGUGGUAUAGGUCAACAUCGGUAAAAAAAACAUGAACGUAUAUUAUCAUCGUUUUAUCUAAUCUAAUAAAUUUGUCAUAUAUCUUUGUAAAAAGCAACUGCAUAUUAUGCAGCUUAGGUACUAGCUUUUACUAUAAUACUAUAGCGAGUUUUCGUGCCAAACGAAUAGAAAACAAUAAGUACCUAUAUAGGGGGGAUAUGCAAUACGGAUUUCAAUUAUUACUUUAUAUAUUAUGUAUAGAAAUCGACAAAUUGUAUGUAUUAAAUAUUGCAAAAAAAAAAAAAAUUGAAUGUAUUUAAACAGUAAUAGUACACGUGAUCUGUAUUCAUAAUUUUCUGGAAAAUUUUAAAAACGACGUUGUCUAAUAAAUUUUCAUUUCUGUUUCGACCUUAAACAAAAGUAUAAGUGUAGGAGUAAUAUAAAGGAGUGCCUCCCGACACGGUUAGUUGUUGUCAUUGCAAUAGUGCGGAUGACAUAUUAUUAUUAUCAUCAUCCGCGCAGUGAUGUAAUGAAAAAAAAAAGGACAACCCGAUGUUUAAAUAAUAAUUGUUAAUGAACCGUUGUAUUACUCGGGCAAAACAAAAUUGACACUUUAUUAUUAUUAUUUUUUUACUGCCGGUCGUUGUAUUAUUAUUAUUAUAUAAAGUUCUAACAGGGGCAACUGGACGUUUUUUUAUAAGUCGUAAACGCAGCGUGUUUCAAUAUUAUAUUUAAAUUAUGUGAUGCGGUAUGUGUAUAUGUGUUCAGUCGAUUAUUUAAGCCACGAAAAGCCACUCUACUAUAAUAUUUUACUAUUUAGUAUUUUAUAAUCGUAUAUAGUAACACACUAUUGUAAAUAGCAUAUUAUUAUAUUACACUGUUAUGUGUGUCAAACUGUUGACGGUUGCGAAUCCGAUGAGCGUAGCGUAUUAUAAGUAUAGGUAUAAUGUUAAAUACCUAACACGUAUCUGCUGAAAUUGUACCUAUUUAGAUAAUAUAUAUGACGAUUAAGGACCGGAUUUCUAUGCAAAGUGUACCUAUAUUUUUUUUAGUGAUCUAAAGCAAUGUUUUCCAUGUAACGGAUACUUCAAAAGCUAAACUAUUAUUUUGGAUUUAUAGGCCAUUUAAAGGUAUCAAAACAUUUUAUGAAAUUUGCUUUAAUAGACUAAUAUGGUUUAAUGCAUUUGCAUCAGUUAAUGAUUUUAUUUACUAUUUUUCCAUUUUCACAAUAUUUUUGGAUAUUUUUCAAAACAUUUGUCAUUAGUUUUUAAGGAAUUAAAAUCUAGCUUUAAUAAUGAUGAUUAAAAUAAAUGAUAGAUCAAGUUUUUCAAGUAAACGCCUAAUAAUCGGUUCACAAAUGUUCCUAUUAUUAAUUUUGUCGAUUCGCCGUUCACAUUUCCCAUUUUUGAAAUUCCAAAAGUAACUUAGUUUUACUAAGAUGUGUUUUUUUCUUGGAAAACUGUAUUCAUUCUUUUCGGCCAGAAAAGUGUUCCGAAUUGUUUACAUACAUCUAACCUAACGAUUCAUUGUUGCUUUCAGUGUAUAAACUAAAUUAUUAGGUACCUACCCUAUAUCUUAUAAACCCAAUAAACUUCCUCCCAUCUAUAACAGUGGCCUCUACCAAUGCUGCCAAGUAUGGCCGGCUUUCUUAUUUACGAUUAUUUGUAGGCAAUAUAUAUGUUAGAGUGUCUCUUAAUUUUCAAUUGCAAAAUAUUUUUGAAAAAAUUUUAUUUUAUUAUUUUUAAAAAAUUUAAAAAUAGCCAUUUUAUAGAGUUUAAUAUUCUUCUGAAAAAAGUAUUAACUUUUUAUUUUUAUUAAAUUUGUGAUUUUUUAAUAAUUUUUGAAAGAUCAGAGAAAAUGAUUUAAAUAAUUAUACAGCAAGCCAUAAUGACAUUAGUUGAUUGAUUAUUAUUAUUAUUAUGGCUAAUUAACUGUACACUUUUCUACUGUCAACAUUUUCAGAAGAAUAUUAAACUCUAUAAAAUGGCUAUUUUCAAAUUUUUCGAGAAUAAUAAAAUAAAAUAAUUUUUUUUUAGUUUUUUACCAAAACGUAAAAUUUUAACUCAAGUAAAAAUAUAUUUAAUCCUUAUCCCUGUGAGUAAUAUAAAAAUAAAGAUACGGACGUAUUUUGCACGAUGGGUGGGUCACUGUUAUAGGUGAAAAUUUGGGGAGUUGGGAUAUAGAAAGGAAUUUAAUGUAUAUCUGUACGCAACUAUUAAUCAUUUUAACGGAAAACGAUUCUGAACGGAGUUCGGUUAUACAUAAUUCGUAUUAUUUACGAUUCUAAAAUAAUACAUUUUGUAAAUUUUCCCGUUUUUCCUACGUUUUUUACCGGUUUUCUUCAUUUAUGAAAACCCCCGAGAAAAUAAAAAAAUGUACCAUUCCAGUCAGAUUUACUUUCAGGAAAAGUGCUACAAUUGAAAAUCGAAGCAACAUUUCUAAUACAAAAGUUCACGGAUGAAAAAAAAAAAAAUAAUAAACAACAUUGUAAAACCAAUUCAUUCCUCGUUCCACUCAGAAUCUAAAACAAAAUUUGAUUACCUUUAUUAUCACAGGAGAUAUUGUAAUGGUGAAUGGGUAAAUCUUCGUGGGACAUCCAGUAUGUACAUAUAUAGUUAUAUGUAUUAUAUAUAAAAAAAGACAAUAUUUUUGGUACAUUACUGAACAACUUUCGAUCUGCUUAAAAUAAUGUAAUCAACAUCAAUUCGUCCUCCAAAUCCCUGGCUAUAUUUAAGAAAUUAAUGCCUGCAUACAUCUUAUAUAAAUAUUAUGCAAAAAAAAACCGUUUAAAAUAAUUUGGAUUGGAUGAAAAUAUUAUUAUUGUCUUUUUAUUUCAUUUUUUCAUAACAACAUGGUACCCAGUUUUUGUUUUAAAUUUGUCAAAUAUUAAGAUGGAUGAUUUUUAAUAAUUAGUUACAAAUUUAUAAUUGAAUUAAUAAUAUUUUUCCUAAAAUAUUUUUAUUGAACCAAUAACUUAAUAUUAUUAUUUUUUUAGUUUAAUUUUGUUGGAAGAAUAUUGGGGCCACGAGGUAUGACGGCAAAACAAUUGGAAUUAGAAACCGGAUGUAAGAUUAUGGUUCGAGGAAAGGGCUCAAUGCGUGAUAAGAAAAAGGUAUGUACGAACAUAAUUAAAUAUUUGUUUUGACAAUAUUGUCUAUUUUUAUUUUGUCUAACACUAUAUGCGUAAUAUCAUUUAUUUGCUAACACAUUACUGGGAACUAUUGAUACAGAAUCGUAAGUAAAUGUUCAAAAACGCUAAUUUCAUAAUUUUAUGAACUAAUUAAAUAAAAAAUGUUUCAAGGAGGAGCAAAACAGAGGUAAACCUAAUUGGGAACAUUUAAGCGAGGAGCUUCAUGUUUUGAUAUCCGUAGAAGACACUGAAAACCGAGCUAAGCUCAAGUUAAAAAGAGCAAUCGACGAAGUGAAAAGGCUUCUUGUACCCGUUAGUUGAAAUCACUUAAAUGAUUGUCUAUAUAUUAAAUUGAAUUAAAAUAAUUUUAAUUUUGUAAUAUUAUAAAUUUAGGCUGAUGGUGAAGAUGAAUUGAAAAAACGCCAAUUGAUGGAACUUGCUAUCAUCAAUGGAACAUAUAGGGACUCCAAUGCCAAAGCCUUAGCUGCAGCAGGUAUUAUUAUUAUUAUUUAUAUAUACUUUUUAAAGUGUUUCAGGAUUUUUGUUUAUCAGAUGUUCUUCAUCCUGUGAUAUUAUGUUCAUUAUUAAAGCUUAAUAAUGUUGGCCAUUUAAUUUACAACACUAAUAAACUGUACAAUUAUUAUCCAAUACUGAUGGGACUUCUGACUAAUUACCUACUGAUUAAAAUGUAUAUAUUAAUACAUUUUGUGUUUUUAUUUUCAGCUUGUGAUGAAGAAUGGCGAAGAAUGGCUGUAGCAGCAGCUGCUGAAACACAACGUCUUUUGUCCCCACAUGGCAUGGGUGGAUUGGCCACAACAUUGAGACCGCAGACCGCCACGCCAUUAGCUGCUCCGCUUAUAUUAUCUCCACGUAUACCGACUGCCAUUACUACGACUGCUGGAAAUCCUGGUGCACCUCAGCUAUUAUCUCCUGCCGAACAUCAUCAUCAUGCUGCAGCAGCAGCUGCUGCUGCUGGUCUUAUAUAUACGCCAUAUGCCGAUUAUGCCAACUAUGCAUUAGCCGGUUCGCCAUUGAUUACAGAAUACACUCCUGCCGAUCACUCGGGUGCGUUGUUGUUUGUUUGUUAAAAAAAAGUUAAAUAUAUCUAUAUAUUGUAUGUAUGUAUGUAUGUAUGUAUAUAUAUAGAUACAUACAAUUAUAUGCAUGCAAUAUAUAGAUUUAUUAUAUAUUAUAUAUGUAUAUGAUAUGUAUAUGAUUGAAUGCGCUUGGGUCACUUAAAAAAAAAAAUGUUAUACAGAUUUAAAAUAAUUUAAUAUUACAGUUCAAGACUCCCUAUUUAAAAAUACCACUAAAUAAUUAUACACUUUAAAUAAGACUGAAAAAAAAACAAAACAAAACAAUAUAUAAACUUAAUCAGUAUUUUUUUCUAUUUUUCAAAGCAAACUUUUCUUGAGAUAUUUUUUUAAAUUUUAAUUUAUUUUUAUUAUUAUAUUAAAAGAAUGUUCGGCCAGAUACAUGCUAAUGGUUCCAGAACUACAAGGGCUCACCUACCGUCACUGGCCAAAUCAACGUUAGUACCAUCCUUAGUAUUUGGCCAUCCAACCCUUCUUUUUUUUUAUGUUUGAGAGGUGCUAUCUUGUUUAUUAUUUGUGUAUAAUUUUAGGAAUUAAUUUUAUUUCAGUAUUCCUUAUUAUUAUUUUUUUUUAUUAUUACUAUUACUUAUAUUCUUAUUAUUAUUUUAUUUUGUUUAUUUAUUUUAUUAUUAUUAUUAUUAUUAUUAUUAUUAUUAUUAUUAUUAUUAUCAUUAUUAUUAUUAUUAUUUUAUUUGAUUCCUUAAUUUUUUGCGCGCUCUUUAAUUGGUUAUACUACACAAAGCUUUAAUUUUUUAGUAAUAAUUUAUAGAUAAUAUUUUAGUUAAUAUUUAUAUAUACAUAUUAUAUCCCUUCUUUACCUCUGUUUCUUUUGCGUUUAGUUAGUUCAAAUAUUAGUCUAACUCGACUAAAAUUAAUUUAAAAAAAAAAAAAAAAAACUAGGUGUGUACUAAUGAAUUUUAAUACAGUAAUCAAACAUUUUUUCUAAUAAUACUCCUCAAGUACCUACUUUCCAUUGAAUAAAAAAAACAAUUACUUAGAAUUUUAAAUCUAACUGGUGAAACAAUUUUUAAACAGUUAAAUUAAAUUAUUUAAACCAAUUCCUAUUAUUUUUAUUGUAAUUUGCAUUGGUUCAUUAACUGGUUUAUUCAAAAAUAUCUCUUAUAAAUCUUUUUAGUCAAUAUUUUUUCAACUAACUGGGACAAAUAUUUACAAUAUAUUUUUUUUUUUUUUAUAGAAAUAUGUAAACCAAGGUGUGAUUCUAACAUUAUUUAAUACUAAAGUUUUAACAAAUAUAAAACAAAAUAUUAAACAUAUUAGGACCCGAAUUAACAAAAUACUUGAGGGACCAAGAAGAACCACAAUUCAGGUUUUUUACUCAUAAGAAGAUUAUAAUAAACUUCUGACACCUAAAGUUCCUUAAUUUUAUAAGAAUGAAUACCAUGACAAGCACUUUUUAAUAUUUUAAUUAUGUUGUUUAUAUUAUAUAUUUAUUAUAAUAUUAUUAUGAAAAAAUACUCAGGCUGAUUAUAUAAUUAAUGUUACGUAUAUAUUUUUUAUGAUUGUUUAGUACACAUCUAUGUUUAGAAUUUGUUAUAGACAUACUUGUAUACACAUAAUAUAUUUUAUAUAUGAAUAUGUAUGUAUACACAUGUAUACACAUUUAAGUUUUAAUUACUAUUAUUUUUGUACAAUUUUGUAGGGGGUCAACAUUUUAGAAUGGAACUUGUCUCCAACAAUGUUUAAAAAAAUGCAUUACACAAUUUUAAUUUGCAAUAAAUAAAUAGAAGUAAUAUGUUUAUAGCAGGUGCAGCAGCCGCAGUUGCGGCGGCGGCUCAGGUCGCCAAACAAAGAAGGCAUUUGACUCAGAUCAGGGAUCAUCCGUAUCAGAGGGUUGGCACUUCGAUUGUCAAUUAAAAAAAAAAAAAAACAAUAUUAAAAAAAAAAAAAGUUCUUUGAAUCUGAAAGGUCAGUUGCUAUUCGUUUUUAAUUUAGGGUUAAAGAUCAUAGUUAAUAGGGUUUAAUUUGGCGCGUAUAUACAUUUUUAUGACCUAUUUAUUUUUUUCAAAAACUCAAUGACCUCCCCCCACGCGCAAUUAUUUUUAUUUAUGCUUUUUUAUUUAGGCCUUUUUUCGGUUGUGAUAUUUUUAUUAUUAUUAUUACCUAUUUAUCAAAAAAUAUGUAUUUAUGAAGUAUAUUUUAUUUUAUACGCAUACUUACAUAAAAUACAUAAAUAUAUUUAUAUCAUUUGAUUUUUCAUAAGAUUUUACAUCUAUAUUUGCUUGAUAUCGUAAUGUUAUUGUUAUGUAGGCGUAGGAGCUACCUAUGUAUUAAUUUGUAGAUAUAACAUAAUUUAAGUAUAUUUUUCACGUAUUGUGUUCUAAUAUUGUAUUUAACAGCUAAACCGAAGACUUGUAUAUUGGUGAAGGUAGACAUGUAUACAAAUUAUCUAUGAUUAUUACAAAACAUCCCUAUUUUUUUUUUGCACUUUAAUAUUUAAAUUUUGAAUGCAUAUAUUCAAAUAGUAGAAUGAAAAACUUAUAUUUCUCUUUCCAUAAUAACAGUAUUAUUACAUGGAAUUUUUUUUUUAUCUUAUUUAAUAAUAUACAUUAUAUUAUAUUGUAACGCUUUUCACACACGGUAGUAAAAUAUUAUACUAAUAACUAUUCAAAUACACUUGGCAGAACACUUAUGUUUGUCACUGGCGUACUUACACUAAUACAAUAAUAGAACAUAAUACUUUUAGCUGCUAUUUUUUUUUUUUAAAAUAUUUCAUUACUAACAUGUUUUUUUAUUAUUUUUUAUUUAACCUCAAAAAAAGGCUUGCGGAGAUCUAACAUACUGGACCUUUAUUUUAACACCACACAAUGCAGCCUGCGGCCGAAGUGCGACGAUUGCCAGACGGAACUAUAAUUAACAACUAAACAAUUCAUUCUGCGCACACAUACACACUUAAAAAAAACUCAAUGUUGCACUUGAAAUUAUUUGUCUAACCAUUAUCUGUCUGUCUAAUCAUUUUCAUAUAAUAAUAUUUGUUUUAUUUAUAUUAUUAUAGUGUUUAAUAUUGUUUCAUAAUAUUACAAUUUAAAGACUAGAUGGUUUUUUUUUUUUUUUUUUUUUUUUUUUAAUACAAUAUGUUGAGUCAUAUGCCUUUAAAAAUAUAUAUGUAUAUAUUAUAUUUGUUUAUUUCGGCAUCCAUAUCGACAUUUGUUACACCUUUGUCGUCACUAGUCUUAGAAUUCUUAUUUGUUUAUUUUUCUGAAUAUUGAACUGUGUUAUGAUCUAAUAACACAAAGUAUACGACAAUUUAAAAAAUAUAUUUAAUAUAAUUUUGAACAAACUUUUUUUUACAACUCUACUUAUCAAAUUUGCUUAGUUUAAAAAUAUAUAAAAUUAGAAAAUUAAAGAAUAAUAUAGAUUUGUUUUAUGUUAUUAUUUAUAAGGCUUAUUUUAUGUAGCGUGCAAUAAAAUGUUUAGUUUUUUUUUUUCUAGAAAAAUUUGUCUGAUUUAAUAUUUUUGUAGAGAAAAUUGUUGUCAGUAUUAAAUUAAAAUAUAUUUAAUAUUAUCAUAUUAUGCCAGGUGCCAAAACCGACCUAUGCCAGUUUGUUCUGUAUUUUUUGUUUUAAAAUUGUAUUACAUAAAAUUAUUUUAGAACAUAAUCACGAUUAUAAUUUAUUUAUGAGUGAUAUUUAUACAUAUAGAUUUAUAAAUAUAAUAAUAUAGCUAUAUUAUAUAAAAGCAUAUAAAUUUAAAAAAAAAUUAUAUAUUUUAAGUUUUUAUAAUAUUUUUAUAAGUACUUAAGUGCCUAAAUGAUUUAGACAAUCUCUCGAAUAGGCUAAAUAUACUUUAUUAUAAUUAUAAUUAUGAUUUUUUUUUUUUUUUUUUGUUAUUUACGAAUCUCAACGUCAAAAUAGUCGUUUUUGUUUUUUUUCUUGUUAUCUUAGACGUUUUUAGUUAAUAUACAUAAAAUAAUUAUACAUGUACGUAUAUAUAUUAAUAUAUAUAUAUAUAAUAUUUAUGCGUGUAUACAUACAUAUAUAUAUUUAUAUAAUAUGUGUGUGUGUGUGUGUGUGUGUGUGUGUGUGUGUAUUUAUAUGUAUACAUAUAUGAAUUAUAUGUGUAGUUUUAGUAAGAAACAAAAAUAUAUAUAUAUAUAAAUAUUUAGUGAAAUAUAUAGUGAGCACUGUACUGCCUCCCCAAAACAAUCAAUUACAGCAGUUUGAUGUAUUUCAGGCUUAUGUGCCAUAAGAUAAAACUAAUUUUUUUUCUAUACAUUUUAAGAGAUUAACUGUUAUCACCGAAUACGUUUUAUUUUAUAUUAUUUUAUUAUCAUCUAAAAUGUACAUUUUAAAGUUUAUGAAAAACAAAAUGCAUACCUACCCAUAUAUUAUAUAUAAUAAAAUUAUAUAUAUAUUUUAUUCGUUUAACGAAGUACAUUUUAUUUUUAUUUAUACAGAUAUAUAUUUAUAUAUUUUAUGUAUGUUAUAUAGAAAUAUUAUAUUGUAUAUUUCUAUAUAAAUAUUUUAAUCAAAUUUAUUGAUGUUGCAUAUGUAAGGUUUUUCAAAUUUUUAUGAAAUGUAUUAUUUUAUAAUUGGAAAUGUUUUUAAGAGACAACAUAAAUAAAAAAAAAGCAUGUAGAACAAAAUAUAGGAUUUUUUUUUUCAAUUAUUAUAUUUUCUCUUGAUCAUAUCACCAAAUAACCAAGGUCAUUCGAGUAGUCAUAUUGUAGUACUGGAUCGCAUUAUAUAAAGUGUAUAACCUAUUAUUAAAAAAACAAAACCUUUUUAAAUUAUUUUAGAUUUUAUAAAAAAAUUAUUUUAAGUAUUUUGAG